AUGUGUGAGGUGGAGUAUGUGGUGGACUGUAUCAGAGACUACACCUCAUCCUCAAAUCCUGUACUACUGACAGGUACACACAGUGGAGCUCUUCACCUGCUAAAGGUAGAUAAUUCUGCUGAGGACCUUAACCUACACCUUGUUACCUCGUUAGCUGAUGGUCACACUACUACAGUUCGCUGCCAACAGUGGGAUGCUCAGCGUGAAACUUUGCUAACUGGAGCAGAAGAUUCUCUGUUAUGUUUAUGGUCACCCCCGGGAUCCCCUGUCAAAACAGGCCCUAUCAACCCUUGCAAGAUUCGGGCCAAGUUGAAGUCAUCGAAGUCAAAAAAAGGAAAACCAUACUGAUCAAGUCCAUCGAUAGAGUCUAUUGGAAAGGCUGCACACAAUGACUGAAUCUUGUAUCUUCUUCAUGAAACCAUCUUCAGAGAACAGAGGACUUCUCAGGCGUCCGAGAACAGUUUCGGGGAAAGCUAAGCUUACCUGCAUGUACCUGUGAUAUCAGUGACAAACUGAUGCAGGCCUGUAACAACCAUACCAUUGUUUGCCUGACACCUUUUCCACCAGUUUGUAGCAUUAGCUGUGAGACCAGUACCUUCAGUAAGUUGUCCAGCAAUGCAGUUGGAACAGUGGCAGCAUAGCAAAUGAGACUUGAGCUAUUUAUUCAGGCAUGUUUGUCUUCACAUGGAGUAUAGCGUGAUGUACUAGUGUGUGGCAAAUCAUUAAGAAUAGUCCUGUUUGUGCAGUGUGAUAUAAUGACCACAGGUUUGUCCCAGGUGAAAUAAAAUGUGAUUUUUGGACCUGAAGUCUUGAUUGAAUGAAUGAAUGCUUUGGGUUUAAUGUCAUUCGUCGAUGAGGAGUUAUUGGGUGUGUGCACAUAUACAGUGUCUUCUUGUGGCAGAGCCAGUCCAUGCCGCCAAAGUUCUCCCGCCACUGAAGUAUUAUACCGUUGAAAUCUUGAAGAACUGUACAAUGUACUGUGUAUAAUGCUAGCUGAAUUGAAUCAUUUGUUCUAUAUAACCAUUGUAUUCAUCUCAAGUGGUUGGAAAAGGUUACCUUUCACAUUUUUCUAGCCACAAUGGGGCUGAAAUACCACCAGUGUGGGUUAAGCCCUAAUUGCUUAUUCACUCACGAAUUGUUCUAUAUUUAUAGAUGAGUAGAUAAAUGUAUGGAUUAAUUUCACAAUGUUAACAACAACAAAACCCUUCUCUACAUGAUUGCUUUUUCAAAACAAGUUUACUAGCUUUUAGAAUUAACUACUCAGGUAAGUGGCAACUGCCAAAGUGGUACAUGCACU